AAGAUGCGCGUUGGUCGAUGUCGUGCCUCGGCGGGUUUGGAAGUUACCGGCCGGAGGGCCCUGGUCCGGUUGCAGCUUUCUCCCGGGUUCCUCCCUGCCGCUCCUCCGGGUCCGUGGGUCCUCUGCUGCCCGCCUUCCCCACCCCGGGCCGCCCCUGUUGCUCGCGUUUCUCUACCCCAAGUAUUGCCCUGAUUGAAGAGCUCCUUGAAAGGUUCUUGAGAAGAUAAAGAGGGUAGUGGGGACGAGCCUCCAGAGCUGCUCCAGCCCUAAAUGGCAGCAGAAUCAAGAAAGUCAUUAGCCCCAUCCCCAUCUGACCAAGCUCCCGAGGAAGACCUUGUCAUCGUCAAGGUAGAGGAAGAUCAUGGCUGGGACCAGGAAUCCAGUCUGCAUGAAAAUAACCCUCCCGGCCAAGAGCUGUUCCGCCUGCGCUUCAGGAAGUUAUGCUACCAGGAGACGUUAGGGCCCCGAGAAGCUCUGAUCCAACUCCGUGCACUUUGCCAUCAGUGGCUAAGGCCGGAUUUGAACACCAAAGAGCAGAUCUUGGAGCUGCUGGUGCUGGAGCAGUUCCUGACCAUCCUGCCCGAGGAGCUGCAGACACUGGUGAAGGAACAUCAGCUGGAGAACGGAGAGGAGGUGGUGACCCUGCUGGAGGACUUGGAAAGGCAGAUUGACAUACUAGGGCGGCCGGUCCCAGCCCGUGCACAUGGACAUGGACUCUGGGAGGAGGUGGUGCGUUCAGAGUCUGCACCAGAGCUUCCAGAUGCUCCGCUCCGAUCUGUGACAACCCAGCACAAAUCUCCAGUGCCCCAAGGGCCGCAAGAGAGAGCCAUCUCUACUUCUCAGAGUCCUACCCCUUCCCAGAAGGGAAGUCCUGGAGACCAGGAGAUGACAGCAACACUUCUCACAGCAGGGUUCCAGACUUUAGAGAAGAUCGAAGACAUGGCUGUGUCCCUAAUUCGAGAGGAGUGGCUUCUUGAUCCAUCCCAGAAGGAUCCCAGUAGAGAUAAUAGGCCAGAGAAUUACCGAAACAUGUUCUCCCUGGGUGGUGAGACCAGGAAUGAGAACAGGGAAUUAUCUUCGAAACAGGUAAUAUCUACUGGACUCCAACCACAUGGAGAGACAGCUGCCAAAUGCAACGGGGAUGUUAUCGGGGGUCUUGAGCAUGGAGAAUCCCGAGAUCUUCUGGGCAGAUUAGAGAGGCAGCGGGGAAAUCCCACCCAGGAGAGACGACAUAAAUGUGAUGAAUGUGGGAAGAGCUUUGCUCAGAGCUCGGGCCUUGUUCGCCACUGGAGAAUCCACACUGGGGAGAAACCCUAUCAGUGUAAUGUGUGUGGUAAAGCCUUCAGUUACAGGUCAGCCCUUCUUUCCCAUCAGGAUAUCCACAACAAAGUAAAGCGCUAUCACUGUAAGGAGUGUGGUAAAGCCUUCAGUCAAAACACAGGCCUGAUCCUGCACCAGAGAAUCCAUACUGGGGAGAAGCCGUAUCAGUGCAAUCAGUGUGGGAAGGCUUUCAGUCAGAGUGCGGGCCUUAUUCUGCACCAGAGAAUCCACAGUGGGGAGAGACCCUAUGAAUGUAAUGAGUGUGGGAAAGCUUUCAGUCAUAGCUCUCACCUCAUUGGACAUCAGAGAAUCCACACUGGGGAGAAGCCCUAUGAGUGUGAUGAGUGUGGGAAAACCUUCAGGCGGAGCUCACAUCUUAUUGGCCAUCAGAGAAGCCACACUGGGGAAAAACCCUACAAAUGCAAUGAGUGUGGGAGGGCCUUCAGUCAGAAGUCAGGCCUUAUUGAACAUCAGAGAAUCCACACUGGAGAAAGACCCUAUAAAUGUAAAGAAUGUGGGAAAGCUUUCAAUGGGAACACGGGCCUCAUACAGCAUCUGAGAAUUCACACAGGGGAGAAGCCCUAUCAAUGUAAUGAGUGUGGGAAAGCCUUUAUUCAGAGGUCAAGUCUCAUUCGGCAUCAGAGAAUCCACAGUGGAGAAAAAUCUGAAUCCAUAGGAGUUUAGGAACAAAGCACAAUCGUAGUUUGGGCAUUAUUCCACAUUAGGGAAACCACAUGCUGGUGAGGGCUCUUUCAGUGUAGUAAAAAGAAAGUGUGUCAUCGCUGCAACCUCACCGGAGUCCGAACGGAUCGUGGUGGCGGAUUAGAGUAGCUCUUCAGUAGUCUGGGCCAGUGCCUUGGUGAGGUGGGUUAGCUUGACUGUCCGGGGAGGUGUCUGAGGGAGUGGAGCUCCUGAUGGCCUGAUGUAUCCUUGAGAAACAAAAUAGCAUUAGAGCAAGUUGCUUGUCAUGGAGGCACUUAAUUUUGUCUUUUGAGGAGUAGUUGUAGGUUUUGAGAGAGGCUACUCCUGGUUCCUCUGCUUCCUCCCGUCUCCGGUGAUCCCCUUCCCCCAUUUACCGCCCUGAGGUGCACUUGUGCUGCAAAUCUGAUCUGAGAAGCCACUUGAGAGUUUGAAGCAGCCUCUGUGUGAAAUUUAUUUUGUACUUAGCUUCCUGAGAACCUAGUUCUAGGGAAAUUUUUUACAGACACUUAAUGUAUUUAUGCUUAAGUGUGCGUUUUGUUUUAUUCUGAUGUUCCUGAUAGUCAGUGGAAACCCGUAUUCCCACGCAAACUCAGAAUGCUAUAUUUUUAACAGCACUGCAGCAUUUUUCUUCAUAUCUCACCUUCCCUGACUCCAGUGAGUCACUGAGCGUCCAUACGUAUCCUUCACCACCCCCAGCCCCCGUACGUGUGUCCGCAAAGGAGGUGAUGGUUGUGGGAAUGAAGCAGAGAAAGAGGUGAGUGGAGACUCAGCCUGGCUGCUCUUGAGCUCGGGUGGUUGCACCUUGUGGUGACUUGUGGCUCUCCUUUCCACCUUCCCACGGUACACGGUGGUGCACAGAGGUGGUGACACUGUCCUAGUUACUGCAUCACAUGGGAGAAAGGGGAGACAGGUGCUUGAAGAAGACCUGAAAAUCCUUACAAAGAAUGUACACACAGCUCGCCUGGCGCAUUACAGCACUGCCCUCUCAGGUUCUUUCCAGUCUGCACAAACCCCUGACAGGACGGUCUGUCACUCCUGUCGUCCCCCUGCUCCCACCUCGUCAGAUGGCCUUAGCCCCUCACCCUUCAUUCUCCAUCUGUUUCUUGCCAUUAGCUCUGUGUGUCUCCGUGGCAAUCUGUCGAAUACUUCCCCUCACAGCUCCUCAUCUUCUAAAUUCUGUUGUACUCCAUGAUGUAAUCCGGCAGACACAGUAUCUUAACUCAUCAUCACCAGGCACUAUCUUUCUUGGAGGCUUUCAGUGUACCAAAGGAUAUUCGGUAAAGUGACAAGGUUGGGUUAAAUAACACACCAGACUCUCUGCAUCCAAACAUGGUUUGUCCUUUAAAUUUGGCACUUGUGGUUAGUCUGGUCGCGCCACUGCUCCUCCAAAUAUUUGGAAGACUUGGACCCCUGAGUAACGUCUCAUUUUUGACCACUACCCACUUGUUCAUCACAUUUGGACUGGAGUUACUUUUGGCUUUUUUCCAAAAUCAGCUUUCAGAAUUGGAAUUGAUUCCACUAAUCCUAUUCAGGAGACUGGGACACACGCCAGGAGAAGUUACACAACUUCACACUGACUGUACUCAACAGGAACAACACUUACUAACAUGUAUUGAUGUUUUUCAAAAGGUCAUAAAAUCUUUCAUCAUAAAGGUCUGCCUUUUGGGUCAUGAAUUCCUUCUCUACAAAAUCCCUUCUCUGACCCACUGUGGCCCACCCUGAUCACUAACAACAUCACCCCUGUUUCACUGACUGAGUGAUACCCGUCUGUCAUUUGUCAUCGUGGCUUCCUUGGUUAACUUUCUCAGAACAGUGCUUUCCAUUAUCCUUUGUUUUCUUAUCCUACUUUUUUUUUUCUUUUGGCCUAUAGGUUCCCUUGCACUUGAAGGGAAUUCCAUUCCUCAUUCCCUUGUACUUGAAAAUUUAAGAAACCAGAAACAAAUCUGGUAGUUUCUAGAUCCUUGCUCUCUGCUUCAGUUGUGCCUUUACCCUCUGUAAGAUACCAAUUCUGCCAGUGCUGCCUGUGUGCAGAUACUGUUUAGGACGGGCACGCCGUCAGAGGGAUAACAUGUGCACACAUCCACACAGGCCUCCCGCGUAGUUCCGAGGAGCACUUGUCUUCUAUUCUGGUAAAAGCUCUCAGAACAACAUACUGAAAUGCCUGUAAGCGUACCAGCUAACAUCUCUCUGCUCACAGUAAUGUGUAGUCAUGCUACUUAAAUCUGUAAUUACUAAGCAUCUGGCAGGAAUUCAGAGAAAAUAAAAUAUGCCUAGAAAGAUUAGUGUGAUGCUGGGAUGAAUAAGGAAAGACUGUGGCGGGCACCUGGUGGCUCAGUGGGUUAAGCCUCUGCCUUGGACUCAGGUCAUGAU